CUUUUCUUGCCAACAAUAGCUUGACAGUUACCACACUGAAAAAUAAACAUUUCCUCUUUGAUAAACAUUUAUGCUGAGGGACGCACAAUUUUUUAGGUGGCAAAACAGGUGUUUUCUUUAAGUUUAUGAUAAUUUAACGCUUCUGCACGAACAAAAUAGCCAUGAUAAAACAACCAGUCCUAGCUGAGCUACAGUACUUUGUUAAAAGCGUGUCCCUCCUGUACAAGGGAGUACCGCUGCAAGAUACAGGCGCGCUGGUUAAAAGUGCACUACACCUAUUGGAAGAUCUUCCAUCGACAAGAGAUGCGGUGUUCGACUAUUUUACGCUCGUUUUCAAUAAUGCUGUCAAAGUGUACAUGCUCAGUGCCGAGAAAAACUUACCCGAUCCUUCGGUGGACGAUGAAGCCGUGCAGGAAAUACACGAAGCACUAGAACGUUUGGUAACCGUCGGUCCUGCCGCUUGGUGUCCUCUGAUAUCAUCGUGGUGCCUGAAGCUGCUUGGAGAAGUGUGCAAAAAGCAUUCUCGCCGCAGACCCCCACCAGACAUCCGGAGUGCAUGCAAUCUUUGGCUUGGGUGCAAUGCUAUUCGCUAUCUGUUAAGCCUUAGUGCACUGUGUUUCGAAAAGCUGAACGAUAGAGAAAUGGACGAAUGCAUCACGGAACUGCUUGCCAUCUACGGCACGCACACACCAUUCUUUGACUGGGUUGUAGCACGACUGGGUGGAUGUUUUCCGCUAAAAGUAAUCUCGAGCAUGCUGGCAAUGGGAGUAAACCGUUUCAACGGGGAGUUCGAUCAACCGUCCGAGUCCGAGGUGGAAGUGCUAAGCUAUCUCGGAUUGGCCCACGAAAACGAUUUACGCAGCGCGCUCAAAUCAACGCUGGAAAAAGAGAAUACAUCCAAACAGGCGAUACCGUACUUGCUGUUGUUAGCAAAAGCUUCCGAUACGAUAUCUCAGGCACUGGUGGCCGUAUUUCUAAACCUUCAUGACGAAAACCGGUUACAGACGCUUAAAGUACAGCCAAAGAAUUGGCCAACAAAUAUCAGUCUUCCGUACGUGCUGCAUACGGUGGCUGCACUGUUGCUAAAGAUAAAGAAGCACGCCAUACAGGUGACACUAAUUCUGGCCAAACUGGCCACCCAGCACAGCUGGUGCCAGGAGCUGCUAGAAAUCAUGUUUGUCGAACUGGAAACGCUCGUGCUCGAUAAACAUUCCGUACCAUUGCUUGAGGACAUCAUACGUGAUGGUGCGCGGGAAACCUUGUGGAGUAGCUGCACUGCAGACGUUCCGUACGUGCAACAGGUCGCGGUACGGUUAGUGUUACUAGCCAGCUUCAAAUCAAACUCCGUCUUUCACCAGUCAAUCGUGUACCUUUUGUCGGUGGACGAUUUGGGCUUGAGUUCCGCUACAAAACCACACCUUAAUGCGCUCAUCCGUAUACUUGGUGGGCCACACGGGACGUCUGAUGUUCCUAAGGUACGACCCGCAUUUGAAACUGCCUUCGAGAAAAUUCUGAUCGCUCCCAACAAGCGUACCGAUUGUUGGAACAUUUUGCACAAUUUGGUGGAGCUGUUAAGGAUGGAACGCACCACAAUUCUUGGCACCACGCUGCGAAAGGUAAACUGUAUGGGCAUUGUGCACGAGUUGCUGGAUCGAGUGUUGAAAAUAUGGGAAAAUUUUAUGAACCAUGAAAGGCACGACACACCAGGGCAUACGGGCCGAUCCGAGUUAGACGAUGACAAAGGCAGCCUAACGAAGGAAUCUUGCAAACGCAGAAAAAACGAACGCUCCUCUCCCGAAUCGAUGGACACGGGCGAGGAAACGUCGAAUGAGGUGAGAGUGGGAACAGAUUGUAGAACGGUUACUUACAAGGAUCUUAUCCACGAAACUGUAAGGCUGAUCGAAUGCUUAGAUCUUGGCAAAUGCGUCACAAUCGGUACCGGUCAAACGCUGAAACUUUCCCAGCUGUUGGUGAAAUACUUUUUCUACUGCCUUCGGUUGUCCUCCGAUGGUACUAGUGUACCGAUGGGGAAAACGCCGGAAUCGCUCGAUGAGUCUCUGAACCGUGUGUACGCCUUGCUGGCGAAACACUGUGCCCAUCGGAAGGCUGCCCGUACUGCGGCCUUGCGCGAGCUGCUGGAAGGUGCACUGUUCCUGUAUGGCAAUCUGUUCGGUUCGCAAUCGGAAUCGCAGGCGUACAGCUUCGAUAAGCCGGAUGAUUUGUUGAUCGGAUUGAACCAGAAGCAAGGUAUAGCGCUGAACGCUUCCAGGGCAACCGUGCUGCAUGCGGGCAUCAUUGGGCAGGGCCCGAAAAUUCCCACCAAGAAGGCGAUUGGGCCGGCGUCCGAAAUGCAAAACCACCUGUUGAAUGCAAUCGUAGCGUGUUGUCAGGAUGUGAACGAUCAUCAGGCGACGAUCGACGGUUUUAGCUACGUGUCAUUGCUGCUGGUGGAGAUGAUUUCACCGGAUGUGAUGUACAAUGGGUUACCGUGGCCGGAAGAGGACUUUAUAAAGGUGACGAUGGAGCGUGACCUGCAGAUCCAGCGUACCUUCCGCCAUUCGCCGAUUCUUUGGUCAAUUCUUGGGCUUGUUGCAUGCUAUCGCCCGUCGCUAUGCUACUGUUCGGUGUUGCUGCGUGCACUUUGUGCUUCCGCUUUGCAUCAGUGGCGCUCCAAGACGGCUGAAACGUUGAACGGUCAGAAAACGGACUUAAUGUACAUGACGACAAAGCUGCUAGAGCUGAUGGCGUUGGCCCAACUGCUGCCACCACCACUGAGCUACCUGCAUAUCGUGUUGGAAUAUUUUGAUGGACCUGAGAUCGCUUACGUGUUAAAAGAAUGUGUGUGGAAUUAUAUGAAAGAUCACGUCCCAUCGCCGGUACUGUUUGUGUGUGAUCCGACCGGGUUUCAUUGGCGUGAUCCACUCACAUCGAGACCUCCGGUACAGUACACGAACCCGUUGCGCAACACCAUGCAGAAAAAGCUCACCAAGGUUGGGCAUCUGUAUUAUCAGAUGUUCGUGGGACCGGAGCUACGCAAUCCUACCAGCGCUCAACAACAGCUACAGCAACCGGCCCCACAGAGUGUCAUCGGGGGAAUCGGUGAUCAGGGAUUAAAGGCUGGACCAAGCGGUGUACCCUUUGGUACAAUUCCCUUAGGAGCAGGACAAGAACAAUUGUAAACAAAUUAUGUAGCAAUCUUAUUUUUACUUCUAAAAAAACACCCGCUGGCUCAUCUGGCAAACCACAAAACAAUGUAAAAUAAUAUAAUUUAAAAGAAUGGGAAAAAUUCGUAAUUCAUA